GCAAAGACAACUAAUACAUUGGAUUUUAGACUGAAUCAACAACAUGGCUAGUCAGUGUAUCGUAUUGGCGUUAAUACUACAUGUUUUUGUUUUCGGUUUAGUUCUUGGACAGUGUGAAGAAAAGUGGGUUAAUUUCCGGUCAUCGUGUUACGUAUUUAUUGAAGAUCACAUGACUUGGACCUCAGCUUUGGAGGUGUGUGAAGUAUUUGGAAGCACGUUAGUGGAGAUUACAUCGGCUGAUGAGGCCAGCUUUGUUAAAGCGUUAGUAAAAAAUCACACACGUAAAACCCCAGACCACGUGUGGACGGGUGGUAACGAUUUGUUGUUCGAGGGCGAGUGGAGGUGGAUUGGAAGCGGUGAAAACAUGGCAUACACCGACUGGUACCCAGGUGACCCAAACAACGUCGUGCAUGGUGACAAACAUGACGAGGACUGUGUUGAGAUGUUCCCGGGACCAAAGCUCGAGUACAAGUGGUAUGACGAGGACUGUACCAAAUCGAAUUUAUUCAUAUGUGAAAAAGAGUCAGAAACGGAUCCAGCAUUUGGUUAAGACAAUUUUGCCGACUGACUUAAUAUUAUAAUUUUCAUUUAUGUAUUUAACAUUUUUAAAACAGACUUUAUCUCUUUUGUAAAAUUUCUCUUGAAGGAUGCUUCAAACUGAAUUCUUUAAUAAUAAAACAAAAGCUGUUGUUUGU